AUGGGCCUUAUGACUGGCUUUCGAGGCCACUUUGUCGCGUCAGAUCCUCCUCACGCGUCGUCACCGUCUCCGCGCCGUGAGCGGCUCGAGGCCACUCCGUGUAAUGCUUCACGUACCGCCACUUUCGACUUGAACGAUGAAAGACUCACGCGUCUCCCUUUUGAAGACCUUAUAUCACAGUUCUGCAAUUACUACAAUAAUAACAAUGACCAUGAUCAUUUCAUUGUACUAUUGCAAAAUGCAAGAAUCGGGGGAGUUAAAGGGGAGAUUCCUUUGAAAUCAACAUCUAACUUACAAGUUGAUAUGACUCGAAACUCUGAAUAUUCUGAUCUUGAUAAGUUUACAUGGAAAUCUCAGGUUCUAAGUCUUGCUAAGAUCAACAAUCUUCAAUAUACAACAUCUGUCACUGUUGCCAUAUUAGAUAAAUAUGAAGUUGAUAAAUUUAGGUGGUAUUAUGAUGGUUGUGGUCAGUGUACCAAGAGUGUUUUACUUAAAAAUGGAAAGUUGAAGUGUUUCUCAAACCAUGAGACUGAUGAACCUGUUCCACUAUAUAAACUUGAAGUCCAGGCUAUCAAUAGAAAAUGCAGGGCAAGGUUUGUCUUUUGGGACAUUGAUUAUGUUGGUGAAGAUAAUCCCCUAGUAUAUCCAUAUGCACUAGAUGAAAUGUUAAAGAAAGAGUUGACAAUUAGAGUCGUCUUUCAAUCAAAGUAUGGUUGA